AUGAAGCAAACAAUAGGUUAUAAGCUGCUCGUACGGGCUUCACUGGCGACGGCCGUUGUUGCCCGUGUCGCCUCCACAGCCAACGCUACCAGCCCCGAAGCUACCAAUGUUGACAUCAACUUUGCAUACGAAGCGACCCAGCUCACCGAGGUUGAUGUCGGAAACUUUUCCGCCAUUGCGUUUGCCAAUGCCACGGCGGCCAAGGCGGGAGUGGCCGGCCCCGCCUGCCGCGCCUUCCCCGCCUCCCACGACUGGCCGUCGAUUGCUACAUGGGCCCGUCUCAACGACACCAUGGACGGCGCCCUGCUGCACCCUACACCACUAGGUGCCGUAUGCUACCCGACCGCCAAUGGCACACUCGGGGCGUUCAACCAGACGCGGUGCCGUGAGCUCGUCUUCGGCUCGUUCGACUCGCGUGUCUACAUUGACGACCCGCUAACGGUCUUGACGUCGUGGCCCCAGGGCGGAACAUGCGCUGCAACAUUGUAUCCGCAAGGAACGUGUACACGAGGUGGGUUUCCCGAGUACGUGGUCAACGUGUCGACGGUCAAGCAGGUACAGGCGGCCGUCAAUUUUGCACGCAACGAGAACGUGCGCCUUGUCGUCAAAAAUACUGGCCAUGACUUUGUUGGUCGGUCGACGGGCGCUGGCUCUCUCAGUGUGUGGACGCACCACCUCAAGAAUUUUGAGUUUCUACCGCAUCAUAUCGUCACCACGCAAAACGGCAGCACUUACUACGGCGGCAUGGCGGCUCGGGUCGGCGUCGGUCUCGAGGCGUGGGAGUUGUACCAGUACAUGUCGCGCUAUAAUAUGACUCUUGUUGUACCCGGCGGACAGACCGUCGGCGCCUUUGGCGGGUGGAUGGCCGGUGGUGGGCACUCGUCGCUCGGCUCGUUGUAUGGCAUGGGUUCCGACCAAGUGCUGUCGUUGCAGGUGGUCACGGCCGAUGGGCGCUUUGUGACGGUCAACGCAACUCAGAACCCGGAUCUGUUCUAUGCUCUGAGAGGCGGAGGACCGGGGUCGUACGGCAUUGUGACGUCCGCGAUUGUGCGCGCCUUCCCAGCCGUGCAUGUGUCGGAGACCACGUUUUCGUUCCAGAUCGGAGAUUCGUAUGCAGGUUUCAAUUUCUCGGGCUUGCCCUUGCCGCCAUUGAACACAUCCAAUCCAUCAAACCUGACAAAUCCCUUUGGGGGGACAAACCCGUUCAAUUUCACCACGCCACUCGCCAAUGGUACACGCCCGCGCCCCCCUCGAUUCCGGCAGCCUGUCACGGCGCCCAGCGUCGAGGCAUUUUGGGAGGGUGUGAACUCGUACUUCCGCUUCAGUCAGCAGCUCUGUGACGGCGGUGGCACCGGCUACAGCUACAUCUCGCAGCUGUUGCCGGGUUUCCGCGACAAUGACACCAUCAGUAGCAGCGCAAACGGUAGUAUUUCAAACGGUAGCUACAGCUUCUCGACCUCGGUAGAACUUCCCGGCAUGACCGCUGUCGAGGCCCAAGCAUUCUUGCAGCCCCUCUUCGACAGUUUUAACAAACUGGGUAUCCACGUCAACAACACAUUGCCGCGCAUAUCCGCCUCCUGGGGCCCCGGUUCCCGGCAUGGUGCGGGUGACAGCCCCGGCGAUGGACGAUUUGCGACGCGCCUGUUCCCCCGGCGCAACUGGGAGACGGACAGCAUGUUUAACGCCACGAUGACAGCAUUGCGUACCGUCAUACAGUCAGGCUAUUCGUUCCACGGCGUACAGGUAGCACCGUCGCUCAAUCUACCAGCUGUCCAGUUCCCAGGCCACAGCUCCGUUAACCCAGCCUUCCGAGACGCCUUGAUUCAUGGAGACGUCUUCGACAAUAGGAGGCUUGGAGGCAGCUAUGGUUCAGGCUCUGGAGCACUGUUGAAUAACACGGCUGAUACCGUGGCAGGACGUCAGAGGGCAGCGCAUGCGCGCUUUGAGGCUGCCAUGGGCCUGCUGCGUGCCGCCACGCCUGGAUCUGGAGCAUAUGUCAACGAGGCCGAUCCUGACGAGCCCAACUGGCAGCAGAGCUUCUGGGGCGCCGAAUACAACCGCCUGCUGGCUGUGAAGCGUGCCCGGGACCCUUGGAACGUUUUUUGGGCACCCACUACUGUGGGCAGCGAAGGUUGGUCAGUGCGUGUAGACGACAACCUAUAUGCUGGCUCGCAAAACGGUCGACUGUGCCAAGUCACGGCCCCGGCCAGGUUAGAGGAUCUGGGCCCUAGUGUUGAGGAUUCGGCAACGCGAACUGUCUCGAAACGGUCGUUCAUAGGACCAAGACACAUCUGA